GUGCAGAAGGUUGUGGAUGCCGCCCAUGGCAGUUGGGCAAGAUUCGGGGAGAGCAUGCUGCACAAAUAUCGGCUGGGUGAUGGGCUGCUUACCAUCUCGGAUCUUGAGGGAAUGAACAAGGAUGACCUUACCACGAUAGGGGCCUUUGUACAAGAGUUUAAGAAGAAGGCAAGGAAAGUUCACGGGAUCUCUGAGGAGAGGCAAUGCACUAUCUUUCUGGGACUGCUUACUGGGUCAGAGGCAGCCGAACUGACAAGUCAUGGAGGAGGCAGCGCAAAGCUUACCUGGGCCACCAUCGACAGAGGAGUGAAGGAUGGGAGUUUAGAUCAGGUAGAGCAACAUCAGAUGGGCCUGCAAAGGAGGAAGAGAAAGGAAAGGGACGCUACUGCAUCAGGGACCCCGGGGGUAAAAAGGAUCGUCACUGAUGUGCUUGCGGCAUUAGGCUAUGGCCAGGAUGCCGAGGCACAGAGAAAGGCGGUAGCCGAGGUCCAAGGCCGAGGGAGAGAGGUGGGGGAUGAAGGCGCCGGGCAAGAGGAUUACGGUGGGGAGGAAACGGGGUCACAAAUCCUUACAAAGGCCCAGCGGAAGCAACAUAAUCUGUUGCUGGAUGGUCAAGGGUCUGGCAAAGGACAGGCCCCCCAGGCAAUUGCUGCACCACCAAAAAGGAAGUACACCGUCAGGCUGGAGGAGGACUUUGACGUGGAAAGGAUGGUGGACCGACUCCUUGAAGGUCACAAUGACCUUAUGAAUUUAAAAGACAUCCUGGCAUCCGCACCAAGACUCCGGGAAGAGUUGAAGGGGCGAUUGUCUCGAAGGCUGGUGCCCAACGUGCAUUUGAGCGCCGUCCUGCCCAGGGAAGUGGGAUGGACACAAGCUGGAACGAGGAUGGACUGGAAGUGCGCGGCAUGCGGACUGGUGGACUUGGUAAUAAAAGAGAAAAAGUGCGUGGCGAUGAUGGAUACGGGCGCCGAAAUGAAUAUCAUUAGGGAAAGAGAUGCGCUCAUGCUCGGGAUGAAGAUCGAUCGUGCAGAUCACGGUGUGCUGCACGAGGCUAAUUGCAAAGCAGUUUUUUGCGGCACAGCGUCGAAUGUGAUCAUAGAAAUUGGCAAGGUGCGAGCAAGGACGUGCUUUUUCGUCAUGCCAGAUGUGGACCAUCCCAUCCUUCUGGGCAGAUCGUUCAUGUGCAGGACGGAGACCCUGAUCUUCAACAAGCACGACGGAACGAUGAUAUUGCUCCUGAGUGAUCCAGCCUGUGGGAACUACAAAGAUGUCACCUGCCGGAACAUGGGGCCAGGGAGCGAACAGAAUAGGCCUAACCCCGGCUCGUUCACCUAUGUGGAAUCGAAGAACGAGCGGCGGAGACUCGCGGGGGAGUCCGAGGAGGAAGGUGGGGCGGAAGUGCUGUCACUAAGCCUUACGGAUCUGAUAAAGAAAAGGCAUCGCGCAUACGCCUUUAAUGACGACCAGCGUGGGAGGCUGGAUGUGGACAAGAUCCCGAUGAUCCGGAUCCACACAGUUCCCCACGAGCCCUGGAACUUGAGGGGUGCGCGAUACCCAAACCCUGAUGAGGAGAAGAUGGUGGUGGAUUAUCUGGAUGGCAAGAUGCGCAUGCAUGUUGCUGGCUACUCUAGUGGUUCGUAUGCUUCCCCUUGGUUCUGCUUUAUUAAGCCAAACGGGACGCUACGCUUCGUGAAAGACUUCGCCGCCAAGACCGGGCAUCUGAGGGAGCUGGUGUGCCAGGACCAGGAGUGGGUUUGGGGCGAAGACCAGGAAGAAGCGGUAGCCAGGAUGAAGAGAGAGUUUAAGGAAGGAGGGUUGGUGCUAGGGGCGCCAAAUUAUGAAGGGACUGAAGAAAAGCCGUUCAUCAUCGAGACAGACGCUGGGCCAACUUCAUUAGGAGGGGUUUUGAUCCAAGCGGAUGUCGAAGGAAAGGAAAGGCCGCUAAGAUUCGAAAGUCGCACUCUUAAUACGACUGAGAGGAAUUACUCCCUGUUCAAGAAGGAGACGCUCGCGGUACUCCAUUGUCUAAGGGUCUUCCGGAAUUAUGUCUUCGGUAUGAGAUUUAUAUUGAGGGUAGACCCUACGGCGCUGGCCUGCUUUUUAAAAAAUUAUACACCAUCUGACCCAACCGUCGCUCGAUGGUUGACGUACAUUUGGAUGUUUAAUUUCGAGUUGGAAAGGAUUCCGGGGAACAAGAAUAGAGCUGACGGCCUGAGCCGCGUCAACUGGGACAGUGCAGAUCAGGGGUCGAUCGAAGACACCCCGCCAGUUGACGGGUUCCUGGAUCAAGAAGAAGAUGUGCGACUCCAUAUAAAUAAGUGGGCGCUGCGAGUACCUAGUUGUGUUAGCUAUCCCAUAUGGAUAGCACCAAGAGAGUAUGAGCGGAAGGCCGAUUUAAUCCUUAAGCCAUUUCAGGAAGAAGAUCCGUGGGGAGGCAAGGACACGCAGUGGAUGAUGAAGUUGGCCCUGGCAGGGACACAUGGCUUGGUGGAAGAGGUGAGGACAAUAGAGGAAGGGCCUACUCAGAUAGAGGAACAUGAGCAGCUAAUGGGAGGGAUGUAUCUGCUCACUAAUACGCUCCUGCAAGGAGACUUUGACCGGAGAGGCUCGUUUAGUCAUGAGGAGGAUGAGGUCCUGAUUCCGGAAAGCCAGGAUGACGAGUUCGAAGAAGGGGAGAUUAAGGAGGCAUUCCGGGCAGAGGAAUAUGACGGGAUCUAUCUUGAGCUGGGCCUACUUUUAUCCUGUGAGAUGAGGGACAGGGAUGCUAGCGACAAGGCGCAGAAGUUGAGGCACCUCUACGUGGUGAGAGAUGGACAUUUGUUCAUAAAGCGGCAAGUUGGGAAUCCCAAGCGGAUUGUGUGCAGGAGGAACCGACAGUUGGACAUCAUAGCGGCAUUAUAUGAUGGUAUAGCAGGUGGGCACAGAGGUGUGAGUGCCACAUGCGCAAAGAUAAGUGAGCUCUACCAUUGGGAUGGAAUGCUGACGAUGGUCAUCAAGUACUGCCAAUCCUGUGUACCUUGCCAGGAAAGGUCGGCGCAAAGGCCGGGAGAGCCCCUGCACCCAAGGUUGGAAAGGGAAGUGGGUGCGGUUGAACACCUGGACCUGUUGUUUAUGCCAAUGGGGGAAAAUGGGUGCAACUACAUCUUCGAUGCACGCGACAAUCUCACCGGGUUUGUAGACGGGCGGGCUAUCCGAACGAAGACCGGCCCAGUUUUGGCAAGUUGCAUCGAGGAGUAUUAUCUGCGCUGUCCUUUCGUCAAGGAGUUCAUGAUGGACCGUGGGUCAGAGUUUACCUGCAAUGAGGUGCGGACUUUGCCUGCAGGAUAUGGAGUAGUGACCAACUACACUACGGCCGCACACCCCCAAGCGAACGCUCCUGUGGAAAGGGGGCACAGUACCAUCACGAACCUCUUGGCUAAAUGGACAGAGGGCAAGCCUGGUCAGUGGCCGAAAUUCCUGCGAGCGACUUUUUUCGUGGAGAAUAUUACGGUGAAGAGGACUACCAAGUAUGCGCCAGCCACGCUAUGGUAUGGGAGGCAUGCCACCUUCCCUAUAGAAAGCUUUAUGAAAACGUGGAGGCGCGAGGACUUGGAAGUAAACCUGUCCUUCGAGGAGCUGCUCGAUAUCCGAGCGCGGCAAUUUAGAGCGGCCGAGGAAAGAUUGCGAGAGGCCGCUGGUCAGGUAGAGAGAAGUCGCAUGGAGGAUAAGAUGAGGUGGGAUCAAACGGCGCGAGUGCGGAAAGAGCCCUUGGCAGUGGGAGAUAGCGUGUUAUUAUACGACUCAUCCCUGGAAAAGCAGUGGUCACGAAAACUUGACAAAGGAUGGUUGGGGCCCUACAGGAUUGUGCGAUGCGGCGAGUUUGGGGCGUACCAGAUCGAAGAGCUAAACGGCACAAAGUGGAAAGAUUGGAGGGGCGGGCGGGGCACGCGGCCACGACAGAGACCUCUCGGGGCAUCCGGAGGGGAGGAGCGGCAUGGGCCCUUCAGGAGGGAGCCUACACCCGUGUUUGACGACGACAACAUCGAGCUCUUCCUGGACGCUUACCGAGAGCAUGCAGCCCGGAGAGGAUGGGACGUGGCCGAGAGGAUACGUCACUUGAGGGGAGUUGGGAGGUUCGAGGAGCCCAUUGCGCAGAUCAGGGAGGAGGCCCUGACUUGGUCGGAGGUAGAAGCAAGGAUGCAGAGACUGAGAGCUUCGACUUUGGGGAAUGAUGGGUUACCUAUUCGUUUGGAGGAAGGGAACGCGGAGGAAUUCAUCCCAGCAUACGAACGGUAUAUGAGCGAUCAGGGAGUUUCGAGGGAUGAGUGGGUACAGGCGCUGCGCCUUUGGACCAGAGAGGCGGAGCGUCCGCUGCUGAGGGUGGCGUUUCGGCGACCGGAACUAGAGAGGCCAGAACCAAGGGUUGACAGAAGGCGGCGAAGCAAGAGGUUAAGGGAUUUGGAGGCAAGAGAGCCGGUGACGUCGAGAGGUGGUCGGAAGGCCCUAGCACAACGAGAAGGAGGACAAGUAGGGCCGGCUAGUGCAAGCGAGUCCUUCCCUGCUUGUGGCCUCAGGCAGGUGGAGUUCCACCAAGUUACAGAGGAUGACCUACUGGGGCCCUCGCCACAGGCACCAGAGCAGAGGGAGAGCGAGGUACCAACAACGCCUUUCAGGAGUCUGGAGGCCCACUUAGACGCAUCCCAGUGGGAGGCCCCUUCAACAGGAGAGAACCCUACGGACCCAUCAGGAGGGGAGCAGACUCGCCUAGAGCCUGAGGCGGAGCCACUCAUAUUGAAGGGGGUAGGUGCGGAAGAUGUCAUUGUGGUGGAAGGUGACACUCCCCCUGACUCCCCAGCUCGAGCUCAGACACAGAGGUCCUGGCCAGAGGGCGUCGCGGGGCCAGACAGCCAGGAGGCCCCAGUACCACCACCAGAGGCCACUAUGUCACCCUGGCAGGAGGUUGAGGCAAGAGGGCCAGUGGAGGGGUGGAGGACGGAGCCCCGCCUGAUUGUCGACUCACGCUUAGCCGCGCACGCAGCCGAGCGCCCUGACAUUGAGGAGACCAGCCCAGUAGGGCCAUCAUCGGGGCUAGUGGGUACUAAGUUAGGGGAGGGUUCGCAGGCUGCGACUGGGGAAGUCGCGGAGGCAGGCACAGGAAAGGAGCCAGACAAAGCCGCCCAGGCAAAGCGUGCUCGGGUACGAGCUCGCCUUGAGGAGAUACAUGAGCGCAGGGACAAGAUGGAGGCUGCAGGGAUAGCGCCAAGGCCACCAGUCUCCCCAAAGACAAGUGAAGAGAGGAUUGACGAGGAGGCCAUCAAAUGGGUAGACAAGGGGAUAAAGCAGACAUCCAUGGAGGCCUUUCACAGGUACUCCCUGCUUAGUGACGAGUUGGCUCUCAGGAAAGAUGAGGUGGAACAGCUGACUGCCCAACUUGCAGAGGAGAGAGCCGAGAGCAAGGCCAGGCAAACUCGCCUGGAGGCGAAGGAGGCUGAGUGGGAGGCAAAGCUCAAGGAAAUGGCGGCCGCAGUGGAAAAGCUUACCGCCACCAAGGUGAUCGAUUGGACUGAGCAGAGCAGAUACGGCAUCCAAGGGAAGGGGGUGCAAGGGCUGUUUGGCCAAGAGGAGGCAGCAGAGGCAUCUCGGCAAGAGAAGUUGGGGAAGGUAUUUCUGGACCCAGCAGAGGCAGAGGCCAGAAAAGAAGCCAACAAAGGAAGCUUUGAGUUCAAGGCUCCCACUUAGCUGGCUUCACAGCAGGAGGCCGCUACUUCGGCAGAUGUUCCUAAGGAGGUGCUGACCCAAGAGCCCCAACCUGCAUCA